AGAGAAAGAGAAGAGAGAAAAAGUGAGAACAAGGGGCGGACGUUAGGGCGGGGGUAGGGAGAAAGGAAAAGAUAAAGAUGGUGAUGAUAACAACGAUGGUAGUAAUAAUAAAAAUUACUUUGUAAGGGAAAGUUUGCGCGAAAAGCAGAUUAGACUAGAUGUCAACGAGAAAUAUCGUACAAAAAAUAGAAAUAGACAAGGCAGGGUAGCGAGCAGGGUGAAGCAGGGUAGAGAAACAAUAGAGAGAGAGGAGGGAGGGGGAGAGAGAGGAGGAGAAGAGAAGAGAAGAGAAGAGAAGAGAAGAGAAGAGAAGAGAAGAGAAGAGAAGAAAGUGGAAAUUAAACAGAGGCUAGAAAGCGUGUUGAAAGGGAUUUAAACUAUUUAACAGACGGCAACAAGUGAGAAAAAGUGACGAAGAAACGGUGAAAACGAACGUUCUAAAUACUAUGCAUCGACAACAGAGACUUCGCUCGUCGUCGUCGUCGUCGUCGUCGUCGUCGUCGUCAUCGUUAGCGUUGCCAUUCUCAACGUCUCGGUCAUCCAUCCCAACUGCACCGCUAUCACCAACAGCGUCGAUGUCGUCUCUGACAAUGUCUACGUCACCCUCAACGUCCUCAUCUUCGUCGCCGUCGCCAUCUACCUUUUUACCAUCGUCAGCGACGUGGUCAACGUCCAACCUGUCGACGUAUUCGUGGAGCGUACAACAAACCUCGUGUUCGAGGUUAUCUUCGUUACCAAGCGAUUCGUCGAUCGUUCCAACCGUAUCGAUACCCUGCCCGAGACUUGUCUCUGUAUUAGCCUGGUCGGUGACACUGUUACUCGUCUCGUCUUGUAUCGGCCUAACGGAUGCUGGCAUCUUGAACGGACAUCCUUUGGGUAAAAGGUCGUUUAUCGAUAUCCAAUGUAAGGGUAUAUACGACAAGAGCAUCUUCGCCCGGCUGGAUCGCAUUUGCGAGGAUUGUUACAACCUAUUCCGGGAACCUCAGUUGCAUCAGUUGUGCAGGAAAAACUGCUUUACGUCAGACUACUUCAAAGGAUGCUUAGACGUGCUACUGUUGCAAGACGAGGUAGAGAAGAUCCAAACAUGGAUCAAACAACUUCACGGAGCGGAACCCGGGGUUUAGGCAAGACUGCUUUGGUACGCAAUACUUUACAAGCUGUAUUCAAGCGUUGCUGCUCGAAGACGAGAAGG